AUGACCAAAACAUCUAAAGUUUGUAAUCAAGAAAUAGAUCUUGAUAAUUUAAACCUUGAACGUUCAUAUACUCUUGAAAAGUUCGAGUAUAUUAAUAGCCAGUUGAAAAACUUUACUUUGGAAAUCAACAGAUAUUCUGUUAAUUUUUUUGAGCUUGAUGAAAAUGGAAAAUUAGUACUUAUAACAAAAACACGCAUACCAUGUGGUGUAAUCACUACAUCACAGGGUGGAUUUGAUUUUACUGUUAAUCAUAAUACAUGUUGGUCCUUUCAAGGUGCUCCUUUUAUUCCUAUAUUUCUUGUUGAAAUAAGUGAUAUUGAAGAAAAUAUAUAUAAUUCAAAAUUCAGGGAAGUAGACAGGAAAUUUAAAGAAGAAUUUAUAACAUUUAGUACAUCAGUUCAAUUUGGUUUUGAGUUGGAUAUGUUUUUCAUUAAUUAA